UUUUUUUGCCCCGAGAAUGUCAUGGUGCCUCCUCCUGCACGCGGAUUGUUCUCUUCUUCUUGAGCUGCUCUCGGUUCCUGGAGGAUCUGAUUUAGAGAUUUUAUUUUUGCCCUCAAAGUAUUAGCGAAAGAGAGAAGAAAUCGCGAUGGCCAGUGUGUCCUAUCAUAUCUCCAACUUGCUGGAGAAAAUGACAUCUACUGACAAAGAUUUCAGGUUCAUGGCCACCAAUGACCUGAUGAUGGAGCUGCAGAAGGACUCCAUCAAGCUGGAUGAGGACAGUGAGAAGAAGGUUGUGGCCAUGCUGCUGAAGCUGCUGGAGGACAAGAACGGAGAGGUGCAGAACCUGGCAGUCAAGUGUUUGGGCCCACUGGUAAACAAGGUAAAGGAGUACCAGGUGGAGACCAUGGUGGACACCUUGUGCUCCAACAUGAUGUCGGAGAAGGAGCCUCUGAGGGACAUCUCCAGCAUGGGCUUGAAGACGAUUAUUGCAGAGCUGCCCCCAUCAUCCACAGGUUUGAGCCUUACCGUAAACGUCUGCAAAAAGAUCACGUCGCAGCUGAUCGGAGCCAUAGGGAAGCAGGAGGAUGUGUCCGUGCAGCUUGAGGCCUUAGACAUCUUGUCUGACAUGCUGAGCAGGUUGAGUGGUACUCUGGUCAGCUUCCAUGCCUCCAUCCUGAGCAGCCUGCUACCCCUGUUGACCAGCUCUAGGUUGGCGGUCAGGAAGCGGGCCAUCAUCGCCCUGAGCCACCUUGUAUCCAGCUGCAGCAGCGCCCUCUUCACACAGCUGGCGGAGCACCUGCUUGCCGAACUGUCCAGCGGUCAGGUCACCUCGGCCACCCGCACCUACAUCCAGUGCCUCGCCACCAUCAGCAGACAGGGUGGCCACAGAGUAGGGGAGCACCUAGAGAAGAUAAUCCCGCUGGUGGUGAAGUAUUGCAGCGUGGAGGACGAUGAGCUUCGGGAGUACUGCUUUCAGGCCUUUGAGGCUUUUGUGCGCAGGUGUCCUAAGGAAAUGUCCUGUCACAUUUCCACAAUUGUCAAACUUUGUCUGAAGUACAUCACUUACGACCCAAACUACAACUAUGAUGCUGACGAAGAAGAUGAGGAUGACUCUAUGGACACUGACAAUGAAGAGCAAGAGUCCGAUGACGAGUACAGCGACGACGACGACAUGAGCUGGAAGGUGCGGCGCUCCUCAGCCAAGUGCCUGGAGGCCGUGAUCAGCACGAGGAGGGACCUGCUUCUCGAGCUCUACGGGUCUGUGGCCCCAGCCCUGGUGGCCCGCUUUAGAGAGCGCGAGGAGAACGUAAGAACCGACAUCUUCCUGGCCUUCAUCGCCCUGCUCCGGCAGACCCGCGCACCACCUGGUCACCUGGCACCUACAGAAUACGGAGCUAAGGAGGAUCCUGCGCUCUCCCAGCUGAAGAAACAGGUUCCCUCCAUUGUGAAGGCUUUGCACAAACAGUUGAAGGAGAAGAGCAUCAAGUCUAGGCAGGGCUGCUUCAGCCUUCUCACGGAGUUGGCCAGCGUAGCCCCUGGAGCUCUCGCCGAUCACAUACCGGCUCUUAUCCCCGGAAUUGUGUAUUCCCUCACCGAUAAGUCUAGUUCCUCCAACAUGAAGAUUGAUGCACUCUCAUUCCUCUACGUGUUACUCUGCAAUCAUCCUCCAGAGGUCUUCCAUCCCCAUAUUAAGAUCUUCCUACCUCCUGUGGUGCGUUGCACUGAAGACCCCUUCUACAAAAUCACAUCAGAGGCUCUGCUGGUCACCCAGCAGAUAGUGAAGAUUGUGAGGCCCCUAGAGAAGCCAACGUCUAUGACUUUUGAUGUCCGGCCAUACGUGAAGGAUCUGUUCUCUGCCACCCUUCAAAGGCUGAAGGCGGCAGAUAUUGACCAGGAGGUAAAAGAGAGAGCGAUCUCUUGUAUGGGCUACAUCAUAUGCCACCUGGGAGACCAACUUGGUGCUGAUCUGCAGCCAACUCUCCAGAUCUUCUUGGACAGGCUGAAGAAUGAGAUUACGAGAUUCUCUGCUGUGAAGGCACUGACUUUAAUAACGGCGUCCCCCCUCAAGAUUGACCUGCGACCUGUUUUGCCAGAAGGUAUUCAGAUUCUCGGCUCCUUCUUGAGGAAGAACCAGCGAGCCCUCAAGUUGAGCACAUUGUCAGCGCUGACUGUUCUGGUGACUAACUAUAGCGACAGCCUUAAGCCCUCAAUGAUGGAGUCUGUUGUGAAUGAGCUUCCAGCUCUGAUUAGUGAAAGCGAUGUUCACGUGUCCCAAAUGGCCAUUGCGCUACUCACCUGCAUGACUAAAGUUUGUCCUUCCUCUCUGACCAAAAUUGGUGGUACUGUCCUGCCAGAAGUGCUCCACUUGGUCCAUUCUCCUUUACUACAGGGCGGAGCUCUGGGAGCCAUUGUUGAGCUCCUCCAAGCACUCGUGGUAAAUAAAGCCAGCAACAUUAGCUACAAUGAACUCGUUAAAUCUCUCACAGGGCCUUUCUUUGGCUCCCAGAAGUCCGCAGAACCAGUUCACAGGCAAUCGUAUUACUCUGUGGCAAAAUGCGUGGCUGCACUAUCUACUGCCUGCCCCAACGAAGCAUCAGCUACGAUUUCAAACUUCAUCCAGGAAGUCAAGGCGACCAGGACAUCGGAGUCGGCAAGAAUCCUGUCAUUCCUGUGUCUUGGGGAGAUGGGUCGAUCCAUGAAUUUGGGAGGACAGAAGGAGCUCAAAACAGUUAUACUGGAGGCCUUUUCCUCCUCAAACGAUGAGGUCAAGUCAGCUGCUUCUUGUGCCCUCGGAAACAUCUGUGUGGGGAACUUGAAGGAGUACCUCCCUUUCAUGCUGAAGGAGAUCGGCAGCCAGCCAAAAAGGCAGUACCUGUUACUGCACUCCCUGAAAGAAGUGAUCAGCGCCUCCACGGCCGAGAAGCUGAAGCCCCACGUAGAGGAGAUCUGGGCUUUGCUCUUCAAACAUUGCGAGUGUGCAGAGGAGGGGACGCGCAAUGUCGUAGCAGAGUGCCUGGGAAAGCUCACACUGGUUAACCCCGCUCAGCUCUUGCCCCAGCUCAAGAAACAGCUGUCCUCAGGUUCUCCCCAUGCACGCAGUACUGUGGUUACAGCCAUCAAGUUCACCAUUGUUGAUCAGCCUAUGCCCAUAGAUGAACUGCUCAAAGACUGCAUCGGCGAUUUCCUGAAAACACUGCAGGACCCAGACUUGAAUGUACGGCGCGUCGCCCUGGUGAUGUUCAACUCAGCUGCCCACAAUAAGCCUGCAUUGAUUCGUCGCUUGCUGGGCACUGUUCUGCCUGCCCUCUACAAGGAGACCCAGAUAAGAAAAGAGCUUAUCCGUGAGGUGGAGAUGGGCCCCUUUAAGCACACGGUCGACGACGGACUGGAUAUAAGGAAAGCAGCAUUUGAGUGCAUGUACACUCUGCUAGACAGCUGCUUGGAUGGCCUGGACAUCUUUGACUUCCUGAAUCAUGUGGAAGAAGGUCUAAAGGACCACUAUGACAUACGGAUGCUGACCUUCAUCAUGCUGGCCAGACUUUGUGCUUUGAGUCCAGCUGCCGUGACUCAGAGGUUGGACCGACUAGUUGAGCCACUUCGGGCGACUUGCACUACCAAAGUGAAAGCUGGCUCUGUGAAGCAGGAGUUCGAGAAACAAGAAGAGCUGCGUCGCUCGGCAAUGAGAGCAGUGGCAGCACUCCUAUCCAUCAAAGAAAUUCAGCAGAGCCCUGUCAUGGUUGACUUUGCCAGUCUGAUCCACUCCAACACUGAGAUGGCCACCAUCUUCGAGAGCAUCCAGAAGGACACCUCCUCAACCGCCUGUGCCACAGAGACCAUGGACACCAGCUAGAAUGAAAGUUCUUCUAGAACUCCGUAAACAUCUAAAUCGCAAGUACACCUGAAAUUAUUCCACAGAUUAGCCAUAUUAAAUGCAUUCAGAUUUCUUUAAACAUUAGCAUUUCAUUUUCAGAUCUAUGUCUUUAGUGGAAUUUGA